GUAUUUACUGAACUUUGAAUUCAGACUCAGGAGAGGAAGAUGUUUGUCAAGAAUACUGAACUUAAAAGAUGAUAAAAAACUGUCAGUAAAUGAGAAGAAUCUGUGAUCUGAUGGUUUAGGUUUCAGUGAAAACAGUCAGAGUGAAAGUGAAAGUAUGUGAGCUGAAAAACAGACUCCAUUUUGAGAAAAGAAGAGAGAGGAGAGGACGAGGAGACAGGGUGAGUGUUUACUCUGUUUUAGUUUUAAUGUCAAACUCUUUAUCUGUUUUAUCUGUUAAUGAAAAAUGAUUUACUGACUAAAACACUUAAAAACUGUAAAACAAAGAAACCUGAGCAGACAAAGAGCUGGAUCAGUUCUUCAUACAGGAAACUGUGUACGUGCAGUUCUUCCUCCUCUUUGUUCAGACUUGUCUUUGUGGUAAAAACUAAAAUCAGAAUCUUUUUAGCCUCUCAUUUCAACUUUAAUCCAGUCUCCUUAAGUUUUUUUUCUGAGAGUUCAGGGACCUCACAGCUGAUUUUGUUUGGACCAUGAAUCAGACAAGGAUCAGAGAGAGGCCCUGCAGGGUGGGGAGACAUCAGAAGGUCUUGAUAUUAAACCCAUAGACAUAUAUAAGAAAGGUUUAUAUACAUAUAUCUAUGAUUAAACCUGUAAAACUCUUAAAGAGGGGGAUGAAGCUGUUUUCAGACUCUCUACUUCCUUUCUGAUUCCUCUUUUAUUUUGAAACUCUCUCUUCCUGUUUGUGUUUCACCUGUUUGUCUACUUUGUCCUCAGGUUGUAUCUCGGUUUCAUCUUCCAUAAAUUUACACAACAGAAGAUGGAGAAGAUGGUGUCGAGGAAGAGGAGGGCAGAGCAAAAGUCUGAUAUGUCUGACUGUCUGUCUAUGAAGAGUGACGGGUCUAAAGAUAAUCCUCCUUUUGGCUUCCGUAAAAAACCAAGACCAUCAGAGGAGGACAGAGAAGAGUCUGUUAUCUCCGACUGUCUGUCUAUGAAGAGUGACCGGUCUAAAGAUCCUCCUCUAAAAUUUAGUAAAGAACCAGGACCCUCAGAUUCACAGUAAGAGAAACACUUUUCACCCUCCAAACUCUCAAACAACAACAGCUGAUGUUGAACCUCCAACCUGGAUAAAGGUCUGGUAAAGAAAAAGUCACUGAGCUCAGAUUUACUUAUUAUUCCUGAUGUUAAUAAAAAUGAAGGUGGUAUAAAACAGCAUUAGAAAAGGAUCCUGACCUCUUGUAUUUUCUGAUUUGGUUCCUGUGUUUGGGACGUUUUGAGCCUGUUAGUCUUUGGACUGUGGUGUAUAGACCCCAGAAAACAGUCUGUGGGUCAGAAAAUACCAGAAGACCAAAGAAGAAAUAAAUCCUGAGAAAUAAAAACUCAUUCAGAGCAUCUGUCUGUUAUUAGACCUUUAGAUCUGAUUGUUAAAAAAUGUUUGAAACUGUCAGAGAAAAUCUCUCGACCUUCAAAAAUCACAGUUGAGUUUUUUCUCCUGUCUCCACACUUUGAGGCAGCAGCAGCUGAAUAUUUUACUGUUUUAUGUUAGAGAAAAGAGAAACUCUGGUUUAAUAAAUGUUUCUUAUUCUGAAUCUUUCAAACAUGAAAUGAUAAAGAAAAUAAAUGUUCUUUAUUUCCACAGAGAGACACAGAGAUGUGACUCUGUGGAGAAGAAGCUGUUCAGUUAUCGCCGCUCUGAUCAAAGUAAGUCUGAACAUCUGUCCUUUAAACCUUAAAUUACACAAUUUCCACCUGGAUUAUUUUGAUUAUUUUAGCCAUAAAAUUGUAUGAAAAUGUCCUUUGAGUGUUUUUACCUAUUUUUCCAGAACACUUUGAACGUUCAAUAUCUGUCUGUCAUUUAUAAUUUACUGCCUGUUAAAAGAGUGCUUUAAUAUUUUAAGAUAAAGAAAAACAAAAACAAAAUAAACUUUUUUUUUUAGUUUUAAUGAGAAAAAAACUGAACUACACGACACUAAAAAAGUCACCAAAUUAUACAAAUACACCGUAUUUAGGAGUCACAGGUAAACAAAGUACAAACUGACUGCCUUAUCAUGGUUUUCUAAUGAAGUCACUACAGGUUAUAAGUGUUGAUAUAAAAUAACGUAAAUAAAUGAAAACGACACAGAGAGCUUCAUUCAUCCAGAAACCAACACAGAAAAUCAGCCGCUCAGUCUUUACCUUUCUCUGUCUGAAGUUGCUCUGAAAACUUCUCCAUCGGUCCUAAAAUCUUCUGUAAACCUCAGUGGAGGUUUUCUCACUCAGGAUGUUUGUAUUUCAGUCAUUUUCCUUUGAAAUAAUCACUUUUUUGUCGCUUUUCUCUCUUUUUGCUCCGUUUCUCCGCUCUGUUGUGUGUCUGUCUGCUGCUUUCUUUGACGGAGAGACAGAUUUUCUCUCUAAACAGCAGGAGUGAAAUUACCGUAAUAACUGAAUAUUUGCUGUGUGGUGAAACUUCUCAGCUUCCAGAAACCGUUGGAGUUUUUCUGACAGCACAAACUUUCCCACAGUUACGGUAAUUUAAAGAGCGCCGGUGUAAAGGUGUCGGCGCCGACAGACUGUGAGGAAAAGUCUGUGUGGAUGAAAACUCAGCUGACUGAUUUUCACAAAGACGUUUCAGUUUGAGAAGUUUGGUUCAUUUUAUUUUUCUUCUCUUUCAGAAGAUGGUGGUCUGCAGGAGGUUUUAGAUGAACAUAAGAUCAGUCUGAAGAGGAUAUGUGAACGUGUGAAUGAAGGAAGUGUUGAAACAGGAAGUAGUCAAACCCUCCUCAACAGGAUCUUCACUGAGCUCUACAUCACAGAGGGACUGAGUGAAGAGGUGAACACCCAACAUGAGGUGAGACAGCUGGAGACAGCUUCAAAGAUGAAGACCCUCCAUGACACGCCCAUCAGGUGUCAUGAGAUCUUUAAAACCUUACCUGACCAACAGAAGAAGGUCAUCAGAGUGGUUCUGACCAACGGCGUGGCUGGUGUUGGAAAAACCUUCUCAGUGCAGAAGUUCACUCUGGACUGGGCAGAGGGUUUGGAGAACCAAGACCUCCAUCUGGUGGUCCUGCUUUCAUUCAGGGAGCUGAACCUGGUCAGAAAGAAGCGCUUCAGUCUUCUGAGUCUGCUCCAUGUUUUCCAUCCAACACUAGAGAAGGUCACAGCAGAGACGCUGGCUGUCUGUAAACUUCUGUUCAUCUUUGACGGUCUGGAUGAAAGCAGACUGUCUCUGGAUUUCACAGACUCUGAGGUCCUGUCUGACGUCACACAGAAGUCUUCACUCAACGUUCUGAUAACAAACCUCAUCAAGGGGAACCUGCUCCCCUCAGCUCUCAUCUGGAUAACUUCUCGACCUGCAGCAGCCAAUCAGAUCCCUCCUUCACGUGUGGACAGGGUAACAGAAGUACGAGGCUUCACUGACGACCAGAAGGACGAGUACUUCAGGAAGAGGUUCAGAGAUGAGGAACUGUCCAGAAGAAUCAUCUCACACAUCAAGUCCUCCAAGAGCCUCCACAUCAUGUGUCACAUCCCGGUCUUCUGCUGGAUCACUGCGACAGUUCUGGAGGACAUGAUGAGCAGAGAGCAGAGAGGAGAGCUGCCCAAGACCCUGACUGACAUGUACUCACACUUCCUGCUGGUCCAGACUCAGAGGAAGAAGCAGAAGUAUGGAGGAGGACAUGAGACAAGUCCUCAGGAGCUGACUGAGGCUGACAGUGAAGUCCUCCUGAAGCUGGGGAGGCUGGCCUUUGAACAUCUGGAGAAAGGAGACAUCAUGUUCUACCAAGAAGACCUGGAGCGGUGUGGUCUGGAUGUCUCAGAGGCCUCGGUGUUCUCAGGAGUUUGUACAGAGAUCUUCAGAAGAGAGAGUGUGAUCUUCCAGAAAACUGUUUACUGUUUCGUUCAUCUGAGCGUUCAGGAGUUUCUGUCUGCAGUCUACGUGAUCCACAGUUUCACAAAGAAGAGGAACACAGAAGCUCUGAAGACUUUCCUAAGAGGCAACAAAAACCUGGAUAACUGUUUCUCUUCUCUGGAUGUCUUCCUGAAGAGUGUCAUGAUGAAAUCCCUUCUUAGUAAAAACGGUCACCUGGACCUGUUUGUUCGCUUCCUUCAUGGACUCUCUCUGGAGUCAAACCAGAGACUCUUAGGAGGUCUGCUGGGUCACACAGACAACAGUCCAGGAAUGAUCCAAAGAGUCAUGAAGAACCUGAAGGAGAUGAACAGUGAAGAUAUCUCUCCUGACAGAAGCAUCAACAUCUUCCACUGUCUGAUGGAGAUGAACGAUCUGUCAGUUCAUCAGGAGAUCCAAGAGUUCCUGAAGUCAGAGAACAGAUCAGAGAAGGAACUCUCAGUGAUCCACUGCUCUGCUCUGGCCUACAUGCUGCAGAUGUCAGAGGAGGUUCUGGAGGAGUUGAACUUAUAUAGUUAUAACACAUCAAACCAGGGACGACUGAGACUGAUCCCAGCUGUGAGGAACUGCAGAAAGGCUGAGUAAGUCCAGGUUUUAUUCUCAGAAUAGUGUAAAUGAUCCCUGUAGUUCUUCUAAUGUCCACGUUACUGAUGAUGUUCUUCUUCAAAUAGAAAUCCACUCAAAUAUCAGGGAGGGGGUUUCUUUAGCAAAAACAUGAUCCUGGUGUCUAAAGUCCUGUUAGCCCAGGAUGAGGUCUACCUGUGGACCCCUGAGAACUUGUCCUGAUUGUGGAGGACCUCUUUGUUUUGAAUCGUGUCUGUAAUGAAUAAAGUGGAACUUUGAGGACAAAUCAGCGACCAUAUCUGAGGACACACAGAGGUCUUCUGAUGAUGGUAUCAGUCCAGAUCAACAUCUCAGUCAGUUGUGGUGAACUUGAGUUUGAAGAAGGUGUCUGCAGCUUCUUCCUGCUGGUUUUCAGGUUGGAAAUGAUGAAUCUGUUGUAAAUGAGGGUGUUGACAGCAUUGAUGGUGAAAAUAGAACUGGAUCAUUUUCUCCACAGUGGCAGAACUGUCUCUGUACCAUCAUGUUCAUCAUUCAAUAUUCAUCAUCAAUACAACCAUGAAAACUAACAUCAUUUUCCACCACUCACUGGAGAUGAUCUGCUGGACUAGAACAUAUGAAUGAUGAGAACACAGGAGGUAUUUGGACAGCAGCUCCUUGAGUCUGAAAACAGUGGUGGAGAUAGGAUGUUAAUGUCUCUCUCUCUCUCUCUCUCUCUCUCUCUCUCUCUCUCUCUGUCUCUCUCUCUCUCUGACACUAGUCUGCCUCAUAACACCUCAUAGCAUGUGGAAACAGCCGUGCUCUUCCACUGUAUAUAUGGACACCAUGUCUCUAAGCAGAAGCAGUGUGACUGCAUCAUCAUCUUCAUCAUCAUCAGUUUUCCAUGGUGUCCCUUUGUUGUCAUGGUGAUGCAGAGUGAAGAUGAUUCCUCUAAUGUUGAGGUGUUGGUGGGCUGUAACUCGGCUGCACGCCUCUGUUUCAGAUGUUGAUGUAAAUUGGUCAGACUGCUGCCUUCUGCUGAAACAGCCUUUAAACAAACACUGCAGCAGACUGGGGUUUGAUCCAGGUCUGAGUCUGAGAGACUGGACCAGGUCUAAAGGACUAACAAACCGGACUGUUUUAGGGAGCAGAAAAGUCUGUUUUUGACCAUAACUAGUGUGGCUGUGAUUAGGGUGAAUUAAUGUAAUUAAUGCAGGUAGAGAGAGAGAGCGAGAGAGAGGGAGAGAGAGAGAGCGAGAGAAGGGGGGGGAGGGGUCUUCAACUCUUCAAAUGUUCAGAGUCAAACCAGCUCUAAAGGUCCUUACACACCGGGCGCGAAUUCGCCAGGCGAAUUAUUCGCCUUUUUUUAAAACAGCUUAAAGUCAAUGCAAGCUUCCACACCGGCGGCGAUUUUUCCGCGGGGCGAAAAGCCGCUUUUAUUUUUUCACUCUUGUGUCGAAUUUUUCGGAUAUUCGCAGGUGAAUAUCUGGACCUGCUAGACCUCUGGCCAAUCAAAAGUCAUGUUGUUGAUGACGUCACAGACCCAUACGGCUGGAGGAGAGGGAGAAGUUUGAGAUUAUGAAAACGCAGACAAAGACAGCUGAGGUGCAUCCAAAACUCUUUCUAAUUACUAAUGAAGUAGUUUUCUCACAAGAUGACACUCUCUUGUCUUCCUUAGAAGACAGAUGUCAUGCACACUUCACAGGGUGACCGCCUCAUCAUGCCUGAUUCUCCCUCUCAGCUGUUUGACAUACCGAUGAUCUGCAGCUACAGGGCCAACAGAAUGACCAGACAACUUGAAGGAUCACUGCUCAGCCCUCGCCUCUCCUGGCUGCUGCGGCGUCUCUCACAGCUUUUCCUCCUCUUUCGCCCUCACUCAUAAUGCUAGACAUGUCAAUCAGCAGCCAUUCACACGACACACACCAUCACUGGCACCAAGAGCAACGAUGGGAGAGAGGCUGGUCAUUGCGGUACAGAACCACCCCACAUCUCCUCUCCUCCGUGCCGCAAAGCGACUUUAUUAAUUCGCUUUGCAAAAAAUAUACGCAUAUUCGCUUCGCGGCCGGUGUGUAUAGGCGAAAGCGAUUUUUCGGACCGGCGAAUAUUCGCAAUUUUCGUCUUGCUUUUUCGCUUCGCUCCGCAAAUUCGCCGGUGUGUAAGGACCUUAAGGACCUUAAGGACCUUAAGGACCUUAACCCCUUAAAAAACAAUUUUAUCUGAACCAAUCAGAGAAAAAGGAGCUGCUGCUGUGAUUUAGUGAGUCGUCCUCUGAUUGGUCAACAGUCAGUGUCUAUGGACAGACUUACAUUACAGCAGGAUGUCAACAUUAAACACUGAGAGGAGCACUGAUCCUCCAAGAGGUACUUUGGAUACUAACCAAUCACAUACCAGGACCAAAAACCUGGUUCUCAGUCCCCUUCUCCAACCAGAACUCAAGAACUCACUCAGUCAUAAUGAUCCAGCUGCACUAACAUGAAGACAACACUGUUAGAGAACAGAAGGACUAAAAUAAGUCAUGGAGUCAUUUGUCUUGAACGUCUGAACAGUUUUUUUUUCUUCUAAACUUUGACUUCCUGUCUUCUCUCAUGGCUGUGGUCCUGAUAUUAGUAUCUGUCUGGUUAAAAACAGGCCGUCUGUCAAACCAAAGAUCAUGUUUGUUUUUGGUGAAGAGAAACAUCAAAUUACCCUUUAAUGAAAUAUUGUUGAUAUUUAUGUUGUUACAGACUGUGGGACUGUGGACUCUCAGAGACUCACUGUGAAGUUGUGGCCUCAGCUCUGAAGUCCAACCCCUCCCAUCUGAGAUAUCUGGACCUGAGUGAAAACAAACUGCAGGAUUCAGGAGUGAGGCUUCUCUCUGCAGGACUGGAGAGUCCAAACUGCAGACUGGAGACUCUGAAGUGAGACACCAUUUCCUUCUGAUCUAACAAUAAGAUGUGACAGCUGCUGCCUUAGAUUUUUCUCUGUGGUUUUUCCAUCAACUUUGGUCGAGCAGUUUGAAUUUGUCGUUGUAAAACUUCAACACAGGAAGAAAAAUCCAACAUUUCAGAGUUGACUUUGAGGAGAACGAUGGAUGUAGAAAGGAAGCAGGAGAAAAUCAGUCCCACAAAUAUUACACAUGCUUGUAGAGGGCAGGAGCAGCACAGACUAAAGGCUGAUACUGAACUGAUCCACAGUUAAUGUGAUCACUAAUGAAUGAAUGAAGUGUCAGAGAAAUGAUGAGCUGCAGAUUGAAACCUGAAGAACAAAGUUAAUCCAACUCUGGAGAUUUCAUUUGGAAACUCUUGAAAACUUGAAUUUCUUCUUUUCUCAGUCGUGUUCAAAUGUAAAAACCAGAUCCAGAUUUUUCUGCAGUUUUCACUUCAGUUUGUUGAACAUGAACAUCAUCUUGUCCAGUUGGUCCAUAAAAACCUCUCUGAUCAAUGAUCUGUUGGUUUAUUUAAGAGUAGUUUGGCAGUUGUUGACAGCAGACGGACAGACCCCUGAAUAAACUCCUGACUAUUUUCAUCUUCAUGAAGAAUUCAGGACAAAAAAAAACCUUUGAGAUUUCUCACAGGAGUUUCUCAGGAUCUCACUAAAAUUUUCUGGUUCUUUAAAAAUUUCUACACUGAAAAAUUUCUCAAGAUCUUCAAAAAGUUUAGAGAGGAUUUUACAAAGUUCCUCAAGAUCAACUCUGAAAAAGUUCUUCCAUGUCCUUCAGGGGCUCAAGAACAUUGAAUCAUUAAAGUUUCUUAAGUGGUUUAAUGAUUUUGUUCUUUUUUCAGACUGUGGGGCUGCAGUUUGUCAGAGAUCAGCUGUUCUUCUCUGGUCUCAGCUCUGAAGUCCAACCCCUCCCAUCUGAGAUAUCUGGACCUGGGUUACAACAGUCUGCAGAAUUCAGGAGUGAAGCUUCUGUGUGACUUUCUGCAGAGUCCAAACUGUAAACUGGAGACACUAGAGUGAGACUUUUUUCCUCCAUUCAAACAUGAUCAUGAUUUGUUUGUGAUGACGACACUAAACUGCUGACUCAGGACUGAAAUACUGACCCAGACUGAACACCUUCAGUCCAGAGUAGAUUUUCUGCAUCAGUGGAUUAUUUGAUUGACUCCAGUUCGAUCACUGCUGAGCUCCAGUGAAUUAAAACCUGAACCCAAGAAGAAAACUCUUUGUAGAGUUCACAGUGAGAAGCUCAUUCAGACAGAAAACAGAAGCAGGGGGAGAUUUGUCAGACAAGAACCAUUCAAACUUUUGUUCAGGACAAGAUCAGGGAAUAGAAAAAACUCAGUUUAGUUUCUGACACUGAUGAAAGUCCAGCUCUGUUACUUUGAAUUUUGUUUUUAAAUCUUUGUGUGAAAAUCUGAAUUUUCUGGUUUAUCUGCACUUUUCUGAAGCCUUGCUGUGUUUAGACUGAAAUAUGUGAACUUUGUGACGUGAUAUUGUUGGUUCAACGAAGUGCAAAUAUUCUGAACAUCCUUUAUUUCCCAUCCGUCCUGAAGUCGCUGACAUUUUCUGAAAAUAUUGAUCUGCAUCUACAAUCAGUAAAAAAGUCUCUGAGUUUUUUUAUUUCACUAUUUAAUGUGUUUUUGAAUUCACUGUUUCAAACUGACUUCCUGUUUGGUUCAGCUCUUUGGAGCGUCACUUUUCUGUGAUUCAGACUUUCCAAACCUUUCCCCUGAACUCUACAGAUUUAAGACAUCAGGUUUCAAACUGGAUCAUUUUUCUCUAAAAUCUCAUUAUUUCCUCUUUAUUUAGGUUGUAUAACAGCAGUUUGACAAAGAUCAGCUGUUCUUCUCUGGCCUCAGCUCUGACGUCCAACCCCUCCCAUCUGAAAUCUCUGUGGCUGUUUGGAAACAAUCUGCAGGAUUCAGACAUGAAGCCGCUGCGUGAUCUUCAGAAGAGUCCAGACUACAGACUGGAGGAUCUUGGGUCAGUAUAGAGUUGGAGUUAGUCUGUGCUGAUCUCUCCUGUUCCUCUCCACACAGUAUCACAGCAGAUAUUCAGUAUUUCCUGCUGACUCUUCGACCCUCUCAGAGGAUUAUCUCUUUAGUGAAGCUGUGAGAACAGAAAUCAUCAAACCAGGAGUGUAAGAGUGUCAGUCAUGAAAAAAGUGUCUCCUCGUCUCUAUAUUUCAGAUCAAAUGUAGAAAUGAGACAUAAUGAAACAGAAAUGUUCAGUUUCUGCUCUGAAGUCCAGUUUAUAGUUCUCUGUAUUCAACACAGACUUUAUUUCUCUGCUAACUUGUUGAUUUUGAGCUCUAAGUCUGAAAACAGACAGCUGUUCUUUAUACUUGUUAUUUUCACAGCAGGUUUGUUCGAUCAGCUUUAACACAUUUGACAGGAAUGAUUUCUUUAUUUUGAUGAUGUUGGUUUAUUAGUGAGGAAACCUGCUGCUUUACACCAUCACUUCUGCUCUGAGCAGGACUGAGAUCUGCUGGUCUGUAAACUGGAUGUUCUUCAGUCCAGCUGAUGAAGUGAGUCUCAGAGUGGAAACACUGAUCGUCUGUUUUUCUCUCCUCAGAUGGAGUAACUUCUGUCAGAGUGAUCAAGAAGAGGAUCAUGUGUUUCCUGACGAUCAGAGAGGUGGAGGCAGCAGCAGUGAGGGUGAGGUGAGUCUCUGACUGAGAGACUGACUGACCAAUCACAGUGGGCGGAGAGGACUCUGGGAGCUGCACUUUGACCUGCUCUGAGAUCAGCUCAGGACCUGGACUCUGGAUAUUUGAUCUUUUCCCUCAUAUUCUGGGAUCAAACAGUCUGAACAGGUUUGUUUUGUUGAUGGAAACAUGAUCAUAAAUUUACACUUUGAUUGGAUUACUUUGUUUUUACCAUGAUGCAGCGCCACCCAGUGGAAAUAUAAAGAGGUGGAGUUGAUUUAUUCCCCCAUAUUUCUGCAGCAGGAGUUGAUACCAUGUGUGAGAGUAGAUCAGUCAGAAGUUCAGAUUAAACCCAAAGGUUUUUUCUUUCCUUUGCACCGUUAGAGACCGAAUAUAAACUGAAGGGAGAGGAAGAGAAGUGAGGAGAGAUGGAGGUGAAGGGAGGAGGAGGAGGAGGACAGGGUUUGGGGUUUUAACAAAAAUCUGAAGCUUUAUUCUUUCACUUGAUUAUUUUUAAUCCUUCCUUUCUUCUUCAGUUUCUGAGAUUAUUGUAAACAUUGACUGGAGGUAAAUUGACCUUAUUUUAUAUUAUUAGACAUUAUUUUCUUUUUCUUUACAUGUUUUUGUUCUCAUAUCAUCUUUGUGCUCAUCAAUAAUCGAUUCCCUCCAGUUUGGAUGAACAAACACAAUUAUUAAACCAUAAAUGAGACCUGAGAGUAAAAUGUGUGAAAUAUAAUCAGUCAAAGGAAAGAUUCUUGAACAAUAAAAAACAUUAUUUUUACUUUAUGAUGAUGGAGAAGUUUUCCUCUGACAGACAAAAAUAACCGUAUUGACCGGAGUCUGGAAAAAGUGAGAUCAGCAUCUAUUCAGGGUGAAGUCAUUAACGUGGUCGAUGCUGUUUUAUAAACUCAGUGUUGUUGAUUACAAUCUCAGCUUCAUAAAUUGAUGCUACAGUGGAGUGACUUCCUGUAAAAUCCACUGUCUUUGUGAGACCGUCAGCUUUCAGGAGAUCAGUUUGUGUUUCUGUGACACUCCAAAGCUUUUCUAUCCCACAGAGAAGGUCGGUGUGUUUUCAGAGACCUUCCUGAUCCCAUCCCUCCAAAAUGAAAAUAAUCUGAUGGUUUAUGGAUUAAUUUCAGUAACAAAGUGUCAUUUCUGUUGUUAGCCAAUCAGAGGCUGUAUCUGCCAUCAGCUGACCUGUAAAGGUCCAAUUAAAAGUCAGGACAGCUCAUGUCACAGUCUGCUCACACUACAGAAUUCUUUGUUCACUAUUGUGAACAGAUUUGUUCUGAUCAUCUUAUCUAGUAUCAAUAGAUCUAUGCUCUGUCUGCGUAACAGUAUAUUUGUUCUUCAUUUACACCAGAUCAUUUUUGAUUUCAUUUCACUGUAACAAUGUCAUUUAAAGAUAAUAAAAACUUUAUUUGAACCAAAACAUGUUAAAAACAUCAACUCAGCUUGUUUCAGUCACUGUGUCCAAUUGAUUUUUCAUCAUUUAUCAUUCAAACAAAAACUAGAUUUGGUCUUUAAAAAACCCUCAAAGUGAGUCUGAAAAGUGCUGCACCCUGAUGAUAAAACCUUCCUCCACUUAUAUAUAUAUACAUAUAUACGGUAUAUGUGUGUGUGUGUGUGUGUAUAAAGAUAGAGAUCUCACAGAACAGAUAUACAGAAAGGCAACAUGAGAAAGAUAUUUAUAUUGAAAAUGAAUACAUAUAUGUUGAUGCUAUAUGUUAUUAUAGUUAUGCCUAUGAUAGAAAUAUUACUGAUAUAACAUACAUGUAAUGAUUAAAUGUUUUAUAUAUAAAUGAAUUAAUAUAA